AUGGCUGAGCCCCAGAACACACAGGACAUGACGGGCAAGAGACAGCAGAAACCGGGGACAACAGUCCUCCCUCGCUGGCACGUGCACGGCCAUCUCACACACGGACGCGCGGUGCUCGUACCCGGCCACGGGCGCGUCGGGCUAGUGCUCGCACCCGCUCGGACGGCGCGCGUCAUGGCGCUGGCCUCCAAGCCGCAGGCCCCGAAGUCUGCGACCACCAAGGGCACGGCGGAAGAUAGACGCACCAACGAGGAGUGGGAGGAGGAGGAGAAGGAAGACGAGGAGGGAGGACGCCCGAUAAGAAGCCUGCGCCUGGCGGCCACCCACUCGUCACGCUGCAGGCAGCAACAGCAGCAGCACGCGGAGCUGCAGAGCCAACCCAGGACCACGCCCCCGCAGCAGUAG